CGCAGCGCGCGCGCCGGUCUGCCGUACCGCCAUUUUCCGAUUUAUCACGAUUCGAAAUUUGAAUUUUCAAGUUUUCUUUUUUUUUUUUAGUUCGUGCUGUGCCAGUGAUACUGACGUUUUGUGUUGUGUCAGAUGUUUUUUUCAAUGUGACAGAAAUUCUUUUUAGUUUGUAUAUGUGCAGUUUUCAUGUUGGUUUAUUGUGAAUAUUCGUAUGCAAGCUGCUAAGUUUUUCCAAAUCUACACAAGCUGAAAUGAAGGAGAAAAACUUUGACACCUCGCAUAGUGCUGAGCGGUUAAGACGCGCGCAGUCACCAAGGUGCGCGAUGUGGCGACGGCGGUAGAGGGCCGGAAGGCGGCCGGACGGGGCUCACGCGCGCCCCUCCGCCCGCCUGCCCCCAGUAGCGACCUGCGCUACUAUGCUCAUGGCAAGCGCCCUGUCCACUUUGCUCGCGGUGCUGUGUGGGGCAGUGGCGGGCGCGGGCGAGGCGCUGGGAAACGCGAGCCGCGUGCGACGGGCUCCCCAUGCGCACCGCGUGCUGACGGACGAAGAACUGGACGCGACGGCAGCGUGGAAACGCUCGCACUGGCGCGAGAUGCAGACAAUAUUGAGGAAGGAAGGUUCGCAGCGCGACGUGGAGUGCUGUCCCUCUGUGCCAGAAAUGGUCGCCAAGAAAGGCGGCCGCACCCCCACCGGCCUCUAUGUGGAACUCUACGAGGACGGAGAGAAUAAACAGAGACUUUACGAACUGUCUUGCGCGCCAGGCGUCGUCGACAAGCCUUGUCGAUUCGUUGACGCGAGGUUGUACAACCAGUCCAGGUGUGUCCAGAAGUAUUCUUACUCCUACGCUCUGGUCAGGUAUUCUUCGACCACGGAGAUGCCUCAAGGUCAUCGCCCCGAGGGUCACUUCUCCGUGCCAGGGUCCGGGGGUUGGUCGAUGGACUAUGUUAUAGUGCGCGCGGGUUGUGAGUGCCAAAUAACGCCGCCUAAAAGAAAGAAUUCCCAUAGGAAGAGACAGGAGAGACACAGGCAGAGGAAGAGGAAUAGACGGUUAGAGGAGGAUGACGACACUUGAUUAGUGCUUAGUGUAACGUAACCAGUGGACUUUGAACAAAUUGCGGUAUUCCCGAAAUUAGUUUUUAGUGGGUCGGUCGUGGUAUCUGAUACUUUGGUGACAUUUUAUACUUGCAAUUAAAGUACUAAUAAGUAGGUGAUACUUUACGUACAUACUACAUAAUGAAACAAUGAAUAACUAAUUUAUUUUGCAAUUAUUUGUGAAAAAACGACGAAUCCAAGCGAUAACGGCAUACUAAACCGCCAGAAAGUCGUCUUACUUAUAUUUCACUUCUAAAACUGGCAUGUGCUCAGAUAUGUUGAGUCUACAAUGUGCAAUUACUUAGAUUUCGAGGAUCUGGAACGGUCGAUUGGAUAAGCAAAAUAAAUCACAAAUCACUGUUGGUACAAUGUUUUUAUUUAAAAUUCAAGUCUUUUACAUCUACACAAUCGUUCAAUUUCAAAGGACCUCAAUAACUUUUUUACAAAUUUACAUUACAUUUUACUUACUUAUAAAUUCUUAUACUUAAUUCAAAAUUGCGUAGCGUAUAUUGUGUAUAUUCGGUUUAUUUCCAGUUUAGCUUAUCAUUUUGGUAAAUUUCUUGGUCAUGGUCAUAUCUUUCGAUUUUUGGUCAUCAUUGUAGUCGUCGUGGUCAGUACGUAGUAUCAGAUGCAUCGGCCGCUUAGCCUUAACAAACGUUACCGAUACGAUCGAGCGAGCUCGGUCGUUUACAUUAAUCGGUACUAUUGACUAUUGCUAUGUAUUUAUUUUGUAUAUUUUCUGUUUAAUACGCUUCAUGUCUUGUGGAAUUAACUUUGGUCUUACGAAAUAGUGCCUUCACUUUGUGCCUUAUCUACCAGUAGCAUUCGCGAGAACGUGAACAUUACCUUAAGAGUUUUGUAAUCUGCCGUAUCUAAUAUUUCAUGCAAACCUUUACGAUUAUGAAACCGUUCUUUUCUACUUCUAUACUGUAGUCUCAGACCAAUUAUAGAAGGACCUGUAUCGCACUCAUAGUCACGAAUAAAACUGUCUGUCAAUUUCUGAAGAAAACGAGCUUAGAUUUGGUACAUAUCUUAUACUAAACUAAAAGUUUUUGCCCGUUUUUUACACCAUUCAACUACACAAAAAGGUAUUUUACGGAGCUCUUUAACCGACGAACACAAUUACAACUAUGAAACAUCGAUUCUAUAGACACAGUUUUUAUAAUCGCAUUAGAUCGUUGAUCAUAUACUUUGACAGAAAAGUAACGUCUAGCGAGGCAGGUCCUAUACAAUAAUUGGUCUAAGACUGUAGUGCAUAUUUUCCUUAGACCAAACACCUAUGGACUCGCACUCAAAUUCACCAACACAAUAGUCUAUCGUUUUUUGAGAGGGACGAGGAAAACUCACACAUCUAAAAUAUUUAACAUCAAUAAAAAUCCCGUGUCCUUACACUGCACACAACUAUAAAUUUUAAAUCGUUUUACACACACGCGUAAUUUUAUCACAAUGUACGCAGUAUGUAUGAAAACUUUUGAUCAUGAUCAAAUAGUUUUGACAGCGGGUAACCUGUAGCGAGGCAGAUCCUUUAGAAGGUAAUUGGUCUCAGGCCGUAUCUAAUAUUUCAUAUACAUGAACCUUCAUGAUUGUAAAACCAUUCUUUUUCAUUACUUCUAUACUGUAGUUCAUUUUCUAAUGCAGUUUGAAUAAAAAUUUACUCAAUUAUAUUUGUACUACCGUAUCAUGUCUACAAUAAUUGUAAUUUCACUGAGAAGAACUUACUAUUGAAACCUAAAGAUUAUUAUUAAAAUUAUUCUUGUCUCAUUUACCUAGAUUAUCAUAAAACAAAUGUAUCGUAUUUGAAAUAUUUUUUACUUUAACUUAAUCAGAGUUACCGAUGUACCGUUGCAGUUAUUACAGACUGUUUGACGAAAACUAACUUUAUUUCACUUAGACCUAAAAAAAAUAACUCUGUAUUUUUUUUUUCUUUACGGAAAAGACAAAGGUUGAUCACCAUACAGCCUGAGUGUUUUGCACAACACUUGCAUUCCCCGGUUUCCUCUACUAUUUUAAACUGUUCUGAACAUAAUCUUUACAGAUAAAAAACAUGCUAGGCACAAAGAAAUUCAAGUGGCAACAGUUACUUUGCUAAACAAAGAUUUGACUAAGCUAGCCUUCGCUUAGGUUUUCUUCCAGUAAAGAUCGCUCACACACGGCACGGGACGUGGACGUGGAUGUCCCGUGAACGUCCCGUUUAUGCAGCAAACCUAAGACAUUACCGCCAAGACUUACUUUAGUAAGAGUAUCCCUGGAUAAUGCCAUUCAGAAAUAGGGGUAAUACAAUAGAAUGAUGUAAAAAACAAAACCAGAAUAAUGAAAAAUGACGCCAUGUUGCGGAAAAUUAAGGAAGUAAAUAAUUUUAAUGUGAUUAUUGCGCUCCACACGAGAUUUUUUGUAUUCCUGGCCAGGCCAUUUAAAUUUUUUUUUCUAUACCCCUGCAUUGUUGACAAUUUUUUUUUUAUAUAAAUAAGUAUUUUCCAAUAACUCACUUGAUAAUAAUUGAAUAACUAAAGUAUCUACCUAAACAUUUUUUUGAAUUCCAACAUAUUAAAAAAUGUACCUAGAUGAUAAUUAUUUUGAGUCAAGUCUUUGUACUGCGUAACUUAAUGCCUUUUUACUACACGAUAGGUAUUUGGUAUUGCUCUCUUAUCUACUAAAAUAAAAGAAUAUUUAUACAAAAGUAACACUUCUAUAAUUUUGUUGAUAUUAUUAUUAUUAUUUUAACUGUAUGUACUUCCUUCGUAGUUUUAAGCGUCGAGUCAAAGAUCUGUAUUAUUUUCUAUUUUGUAAUACUUUUAUUGUAUUUAAAAACUAGUUCUAAGAGUUUAUUCGUUUAUUUAUACUGUGUAAUACGAGGUAUUCCGAUAUUUGUAUUGAUAUUAGUGUACUUAGGGAGUCGCUUUCAAAAAAACACAAUGUAUAUAAUUAUUAUCACAAUAGUAUUAUGGACUGAGAUUAUUAUGUGCAUUUAAUUAAUAUGCGAACAAUGUUUUUUUUAAUUUACACAUUCUACAAAGUAGACAUAAAGAAAUUAUAUUACACGGCGACAUCUAUUGUUGCGUAGAAAUAAACUUUAACAUCUAUAAAACAAAUAUAGAGGACGCUGACGGCAUGCUCCAUAAAAUUUUGUUUCUAGCAACACCGUUUUUUUUUCCAUAUAUAUUUGCGCCAUCUAGUGACGAAUAGUAACAAACUUUAAACUGUAACAAGCUAAAAUUGAGUCUACAGCGAUUUUUAAUAUUGCAUCUCACAAUAUAACAGUGCCAUGUGUAAUUUUAUGUUAAUAAAAAUUAUAAAAUUGUAAAUUAGCAAAAUAAGUAUUGUUACGUAUAAAUGUUGAUGUAAUAGUUAUUAUUAUUGUAUUUAUUCUCACAUUUUACUCAAUUUUAACAAAUUUAAAAACUACCUUCAUACCACAAUUUCUUAAUUCACUAAUUCAGUAUUGAAAAAGUGAGUAAAAUUGAGAUUUUAGUUAACAGCAUUUUACCAUAACAACCGAUGUAACAACAUCCAAAUGAUGCCAUUAUAAUAAAAUAAAAACAAUUUGAAAUCAAUAGUCGUUUUAUUAUCAAAUUAAUUUUAUAAAAAUAUCCUAUUACAUAAAAUAGGUGGUCAUGACAGAUUAUUAUAUACUUAGGUACAAAAUGUAGCUUUUUUUUUAGGAUAUUACCUAAAGUCUAUAAAAGUUCAAGUAGGUAUAAAAUAUUUAAUUAUAAACGAAAGAUAUCACUGAUAUUGUUACGCAGCAUCGUGAUC